AUGCAAGGCAAAGAAAUCAGAAUCACCUCGCUUUUGGUGUUGGAUACCAUCUUUCUUAUCUUAGAGGCCGGUGUGGGCUACACGGUCCAGUCGUUGGCGCUUGUGGCUGAUGCUUUCCAUAUGCUUAACGACAUCAUCUCUCUUGCUGUGGCCCUCUGGGCGGUGAGGGUGAAGAAGCUGAAGCCUGCUGACGGGACUUAUACUUAUGGCUGGCAGAGAGCUGAGAUUUUGGGUGCUUUGAUCAAUGCUGUGUUCCUUUUGGCCUUGUGUUUUACUAUUAUCAUUGAGGCCAUCAACCGUUUCUUUAACCCUCCAGAGAUCUCAUCUCCAAGGCUUGUGUUGGCUGUGGGAUGUGCUGGUUUGAUCAGUAACUUUGUUGGUUUGGCUUUGUUCCACGAACACGGUCACUCUCAUGGUGGUGGCGGUCACUCCCACGGUGGUGGUCACUCCCACGGCCAUGGCGACGACGAGGAAAAUGUUGGCGACGCUGGUAAUGACACUCCAACUUCCAACCUUUCGGACUUCUUCCCUGAUAAUGUCGUGGAGAGAUUCAAUGAGCAGUCGCCAUUGGUUAAGAAGGAUAAGAAGACCGUUAAGAAGAAGUCUAUGAACAUGGAGGGUGUGUUCUUGCACGUCUUGGGUGAUGCUUUGGGUAAUGUCGGUGUUAUUAUCACCGCCUUGUUCAUCUGGAAGACUGACUACUCCUGGAGAUUCUACAGUGACCCUAUCGUGUCGCUUGUUAUUACUGCCAUCAUCUUCUCUACUGCAUUGCCUCUUUGCAGAAAGUCUUGUAAGAUUUUGUUGCAGGCCACUCCUCCAAGCUUGGACCCUAAUGUGAUUGCUGAGGAGAUUACCUUGUUGCCAACCAUCAAGUCUAUCCACGAUUUCCACAUUUGGAACUUGAACGAGGACUUUAUGAUUGCUUCCUUGCACAUUGAAUUGAACGAAAAUCCCGAGACUGGUGUCCAGGACCAAAAGGGUGAAGGUAUCAUCAAUAAGAAUGCUUUCGUUGAGACUGUUGCUCAGGUUAGAAGACUCUUGCAAAAGUAUGGCAUUGACUCUGUCACCAUCCAGCCUGAGUUUCCUAAACAGAUCCAGAGGCAGUCCAGCACCCUCUACGGUACCACUAAAACCAGCGCUCAGUGUAUUUGA